AUGUUUAUACAUAACAAAAAAAAUUCAGACGAUUGUAUUUUUUGUCGUAUUACAGGAACCUUAAUAUUCGGAAGUGUAUCUUCUUAUUCUUUUUUAAAAUUUUUACAAGCAGAAAAAAAAAGUGGUGAUAAAAAAUUUUUUGGUUUUAUAUCUCUUUGUUUUAGCUUUUUAGCUUUAUAUAGAGCAAUAACUCCAGCGAAAUCUCUUUUAAAUAAAGUAGAUGAAAAUGUUAAAUAA